CCGCAGUUGCCCUUCUGUUGCUCUGUGCUGCAGGUGUCCCGCCGGGGGAGCCCUGUCCCCGUAUGGCCCUCAGCAGCGAACGCUUCGGUGCCCUUCUAGAGAGAACCGUUAAAGUCACCUUAAAAUGUGGUGUCUUCCAGGGGGUGCUGCAGCACGUCAACCCCGACCGGAGCCUUCUCCUGCGGACAGGUCGGGGCCCGCCGCCGCGGCGGUGAAGAACUUGGAAACUGGUAGAAGCACUCCAGGAGUAAAGAUGUUUUUUGACCGUGAAAUAGUCAAUGUGGAAUUACUGGAUGAACCAGACUCAGGGAAGGGAACAGCAAUGAUCUCAGAGUGCACUUCAGCUGUUGAAGGGAACAAACAAGCAGAGACAGGACCAGCACACUGUGGCCCAUGGAGUUCUUGCAUUUCCGUAGAGAGCCAGCUCAGAGCCUCAAAUAGCUUAAAAUACUCCCUCUCAGAGAAGAAGGAAGAAGAGAAUGUGGAGUACACAGUUGUUGAUUGUUUCCAGCAGAGAUUUGGCCCAGCAGUGCUGCACUUAAAACAGCAGUGUGUUGUCAGUAUAGCAGGAGAAGGUGUUAAUUUGUGUCGUUAUGGAAAACUCUCAUGGCUUGAGAUAGCAACAAAGAGCCGUAUUUUUCUAUUUGAUAUCUUCCUUCUGGGACCUCAGGCUUUCAAAAACGGUUUACAAAUGGUGCUGGAAGAUAAAAACAUCUUGAAGGUCAUGCAUGACUGCCGUUGGAUUUCAGACUGCCUCUUUCACCAGUACGGUAUCCUUCUCGUCAAUGUCUUUGAUACACAGGUUGCUGAUGCUCUGCAGUUCUCAAUGGCAACAGGCGGCUUCCUUCCGCACCAUGUCUGCACAUUACAGGAGUGUUUGAUGCAGCACUUGAAGAUACCUUCCAAAUGGGAUGCCAUCAUGAAGUGCAGGCAGCAGAUGGCUUCAGAGAAUCCUGACAUAUGGUUCCUGAGACCCUUUCCAGCUUCUCUGCUUAAAGCACUUGCUCUGGAGGCUAUGUACCUUCUGCUGCUCCACUCAUCUCUAAUGGAUAGCUUGAUGUCUGACCUAACAGCUGUAGUACAUGAUUAUUUAAAUGCUUAUCGGACUGGGUCUGGAGAUUGCCUUGGGAGCGCAAAGCCCACUUGCAUGGAGCUGCCAGAGGAGCUGCGUCAGCUGGCAGACAUCCAGAAGCUGCGAAGGGAGAAAGCAAUAAAAGACUACAGAAUGAACGAGGAUGGUCUUUUGAUCAGACCAGUCGUGGAAUUGAAAGAGAGAAAUGAUCCACACAAGGAUGGAAACUACAGAGAUGAUGAGAAUUGCUUUUCCACAAAUAAAGCGGUGUCUCAAAUCACAUCCUUGUACAAUCAGGAUGUACUUUGUCGAGAAAAGGUUGAAAAUCAAAAUCAAGUGGUAAAUCUGUGGAAGAAUCUUAAACCAACCUCAAGCUGGCUGUAUGAAUCUAAUUUCUGAUACAGGUGACUUGGUGAGCUUAGACUGGGUAUUUGAAGACAUCCAAAUGGAAAAAGGGGCUAUUCCACAUGCAAAAGUGUCAAACAAAAGCUUUUUUUUUCUUUACAAUGACAGGUAAACCCAUUGUUGAACAGAAAUAAUGAUGGUCUUUAUUUUGAAGGAAAUUCUUUGUGUCUGACUGUUGUUCUUGGUCUGUUUUUGAGAUCUGUAUUUUUCAAGAGCUUUUUUUUUUAUUUUGAAACAGUGGCUUGUUUUUCUUACAUAAUUUUAGACAUUGGUCUGAUAACAGUAUUGGUUCUUUUGUUACCUGUUGCAGGUAUGUAAAAUUCUCAUCCAAUCCAGAUGUGUAAACAGGAGAGCUUAUAAGAUGCCUGUUCAUUGAGAUUAGAAAGGGUUUGCUUGGAAAACUUAAAAAAAAAAAACCUUCUGGCCAACCCAUAUGGGCUUGGUUUAUAUACAGAUAAGUCUCUUGGCAUAGCUAUACAGCAGCCUUUCAUAGAGUGAAAAAGAUCAUGCCCUAAUGAACCACUGUGUUGGCAGAACCAGCGAAGAGGUGUACUAAUAAAUUCUUCUACCAGGUCAGAGUUAUUUUAGGCUGAGAAAAGCUUCCUGCUGAAGGUUGCACACCACCAUUGUUUGUCAGCACUGCUGUAUCAAACUUGUGUACAGAAGGCUGUAACACUAAUGUGGUAUGUACAUAGAAAAGUGUGUAUAGAAGGAGGGGGAAAAGCAGGUAAAUUAAUUUAGAUGAUGUGUAGCAUUCCCACUCCAAGCAAAAUAGGAUAUAAAGGCAAAACCAGUUUAUUUCCAAUAUACUUGCUUUGGCUGGUAUUCACUAAAAAUAAAGCUCCUCCAACUGAUAGUACUAUUCCACCACAUGGCAAAAUUAAUGCAGGCCAUGCCUGAGUCUUGGAAUGUUUCUUUGGCAUAUCACUACAUUUGACUUGCAAGCACAGGACCGUUGAAAAUUCUUUGCUUUUGAAAUUCUAAAUUUAUACACCUUAUGUAUUUAUAUACUUAAAACAUACUGCAUGUUGUGCUAGUCAAAUGCUUCAGACAGGGUGGGGAACACCUUAUUCAAGUAUAAGGAAGGUUUUGUUCUCAGGGUUGUGGCUAUGAGUGCUGGUGAACACUGAUGAACAACAUGAAAUAGGGAAGGAUGGAAGAGCUAAGUCACUAUCCCAACCAGACUGCAGUCCAAGAACUGUCUGGGCUUUGGGCUGCAAAUGGUUUAAUAGUAAUGAUGCCAGGUUGCAAGGGAUGUGACAUCUGCAUUUGGGUACGUACCAAGACCUGUUGGAGCUGGUUUUCCUUGAAUGUAAAUUGGUGUGACUAGAUGCCUAGGAUGUAUCUGUGUGCAUCUAAAUAUCGUUAGAGGAAAUGUGUGUUGGGUUUUUGGUUUUGGGGGUUUUUUUCUCUCCACAAAGAGUAUUAGACCAGCAGUAUUUGAAUAGGUGUCUUUGAAACUAUAGAUUGGACUUGCUCACUUCUGGGAGUGGCAGAAAAACUUCCAAGGUUUGCUCUGUCAGUUCAUUUUCUACAUUUUUUUAAAGCCCUUAACAGUAUUCUGUAAUCAAACUGUAUAGUUCCUUUGUCUCAGUUCACUUCAGAAAAAUAAAACAGGU